AUGUCCAGCAACACACCCUCUACCCCCGUCAAGGUGCCCUCCAGCGCCGCAAACCACACACAGGCGACUCUGGAUCCAGAUUUACGGUCACAAAUCAACACAGUCCUUCUGCGCGACGGUCACGUCUCAAAAAUACAAGAUGCUCUUCUCCACGCGCUGAACUCCCAUUCUACGAACUGGCCCACGGCUAUCCAAUCGCAUGCACUCGCUCUGCUGCGCUCUGGCGAAGUGACAACCUUUCCCGCCCUACUGAGUCGCGUGCUUGAAGAUGUCCGCCACGAUUCUGCCCUCAACCCCAUAUCAUCGAACUCGAACGGAACGAGCGCUAAGCCUGCAACAAACGGCGAUGCCACGAAGACUAAUGGCGCGACCGACGCUAAGCCUAGUCUUGCUGUGCCGGAGUCGGUAAUCGACGAGGCUCUUCGCGUCACCAGGGAGAGCCUAGAAGCUGUUUGCGACAUCGAGGACGAAGGAACCGCUUAA